AUGGACCCUCCAAGCGAACUCCCUCCAGUAAUGCUUUGGAUCCGCGAAAAACGCCUCAAAGACUUCCUCGCAAAUCCCGACUACGACCACCAGCGCGCCAACCUCGGGACCGUCCUGCGUAUGUUCCAGUCAGGCGAGAUCGCGCCUCUGUGGGCCGGCCACCAGUUGUACUUCUGCAACGGCGAACUCCUGGGCUCCGAGCUCCCCUCCGACACCCGCUCCCUGUCCGGUCCCAUUUGGCACGAAGCCGAGUGCGGUCUUGCCCAUGAGGCUGCUGCGUACGAGCCGGCUCGCCUGGCAAACGUCGCCCCUCAGAUCUGGGCUGGAAAUUGCCAGAAUCAACAUGGGAAGAAUAGCGGUAACAACUCCCGUGGCAGUGGCUCUCAGCACAGCCAGGGCCGCGGAGCUGGCAACAGAAAUUACAAGAACUGGGGCCGACACACUGGGGGCGCUGCCUAG